GCCUGCCGCUGCCUCCUGCCCUCCUGGGCAUUUUCCAAGGCUUUGUCACGGCGGAGCCAGGCUGCUCACCUCUCUCCUGGUCACACGGCUGCUGCAGGCGCCUUUCAUGGUCUGUGUCUCAGCAGCUCCGGCCAACUUCUCCGCUGGGCUUGGGAAUGCUGCUGACUCUGCCCGGUAGCUCUCCGGGGAGAGGUGUGAGCUCCCUGGUGACCUCUGCCUGUCUCUGCCCUCAGCGAUCCCAAAGAAAAGCUCUGGAAUGGAGCAGUUUACAUUUAAAAUCUUCCUAAAGCCACUUGAGACGCCGAUCGCUUGAAGGGUUUACAUGGCGCGGUGCAUUUGGUGGCAGGAGACAGAGCAGGAGGAUCUGGGGAAGCCCCUUCACUCUUUGCUUCUGUGCUCUUGAAAGUAACGUCUCACGUUGACGUCACCACAACCCAGAUGUUUUCUUAGUGUCAGUUAGAGGCCAAAAUAGCUCCAAUCCAGCAGCUGAGGAAAACCUUAAGGAAGGAAAAAAUAUUCACUUUCAGGAAAUGCGUGUCAAGACUUUAAAGAGCAUCUUCCAAGGUGACUGCAGUGCAACUCUCCCUGAAAGAAGGCUGGCUGACAAAGAAGGAAAAUUGCAUAGGCUGUCCAAGUGGCUACAACAUGAAUAUGUGACGUUGGAUGAUGUCAAAUAUGCUGCUUUGCUUUUGAAAGAAGCAAAUAAGUCACAUCACAUGUUGCCAUUUGCAGCAGUUAUCAGAAAUGAGAAACUAGAUAUGUUCCUCAUGGCCCUGCUCUUCUACCUAUCUUUUUACCUGGAAAAAAUUGCCCUGGAAAAGAAAUGCAGAUCCUUGAUUUCGACUAUGAUAUUUUUAGACAAGAAAGAAAUGGACGAUGUGUCGGCGAAGUUAGCAGUGGCCAGGAUUCACCUUGCCAAGGCGUACUCUAACCUCGUCCUCGGAGGAGGCAUGGCACAGCAGUGCCACAUGCCUCGUGGAAGCCUUAGGAGAAAAACAUCGCUGCAGAAAGAUCGGGGCUUCUUUGAGGGCUUCUACAACUUCUGCAGCUAUGUGGCUUGGCUUGUGUUCAGACGGAAGCACUUCCAAGUGAUUCGGGAAGAAAUCGGCAGGCUUCUUUGCUCCGACAUGUUCAAUCCCGCCUUAAGAGAUGGGAACAAUGUUGACUUGCAGAAACCAGGAGACUGGACUGCUGAUGCAAACACAGUGAGAUUCCCGUAUCUGAGAAAACUCCAUGCCAAGCAUCCUUCCCUAAACAGCAUGGUUCACCAGCGCUCGCCAGUGCUCAGCACGCUGCUGCCCUUACCGAAGGACAGUGCUCAAUACCUCUCCCAGAACCACUACUGUCGGGGCAGAGACCCUCCACCUUGCACGUGCGAUGGCCUGCUGGACUUGUCAGAACUGUUCGCUACCAAGGUGGGCAUCAUUGGAGCUCAUUGUAGUGAGUUAAAAUCUCUUAUGAGCAUGCCUGAUGGGACAAUGGAGGAGGAGGAAGAAGAGGAAGAACAAGAACAAGGAAGAGUAAGAAGUGGUUUCUCUGUCCUGACAAAUGACCUCAGAUUGCCACCUCUGAGAAGCCCCCAAAACAGGCUUAAUAGUCAGAGCACUGUGGUCUCAAGAGCAGUGGCGGAAGGUGACUGUAAUGAGAGCAACUAGCAGACGUGGUACCUGUGAUGAGUGGCACGAUUUCACAUUGCUAAAUAAAUCACUUUGAAACUGCAGCUUAAGAAGCCUAACUCACUUGUCAGAGGUGGGGUAGUUUAGCACACAAGGGCCCCGACUGGGUGACUGGAGACCUGGACUGUAAUUCCUGGUUCUGUCACUAACAAUUCCUCCUUCAUCUUAAUGCCUUCAUUGCACCAUUUCUGAGAAGAUUAUUUUACUGACUUAUUUUGGGAAGUGCUUUGACACCUGCAGAUGAAUAUGAUUGUUGAUUUUAAUGUCAACCGUCUUUUUCCGAAAGAUUUAGCAAAGCAACCAGGAGACACGACUUACUACAGUCUCAAAGUUGCUGAAAUUUUGCUUUUGAAUGAAGUUACUCUGGAAUCUUUAGUAUAUUGUGUUUACUUUUUUUUUAUUUCCAUCAUCUCUCAUUUUGUUCUCAGAUAUAGCUAGCCUAAUUUAUGACUCAUU